AUCUCUCAUUAUUACACAAUUGGAGUUCAGGUCAUACAGACCUUGCGCCAAAGUUCCUCUGCAGUGGAUGGGAUGUCCCGUUACAUGCGGCGAGAACACUGCAGUCAGCGAUAACGCCUAGGUUGGCUGUCAACCUGUAGAAAGACCCUCUAUCUCCGAUCAUCUCUAUAAUCUCUAACUCUUAACAUUGUUCGUGCUCAUUCUCAAUUUUUAGUCUAUAUUAACAUGCUGUUUUGACAGAGCAGUGAGACGUUUUUAUACCCCUUUGGGAGGUUUUCAGAGCGAUCGUUACGUGCCAGUCACGUGUCAGCCCCUGUGAGAGUGACUUUGGUUCACGCGACCCUUCUCAAUAAAUCGCAAAUGUUCUGUUGAACUCUUGAGGGGGAAUACACACAGUUAAAUAAAGUUAUGGCUCAUUCAUCCUCAAAGGAACGGGUCCUGCUAUGUCGAUGUAUAUGUCAAGGAAACUUCAAGUAGAAGCAGCCAAUAAGUGCACUAUCAAAAGGACAGUGUGCACCUAAAAUGUAGGAAUCUCCCAUCUAGCUCUUCGAGCGCAGAACACCAUCGAUAUUUCUUACUGUUGGAGAUCAAGAGGAAAAUACUUCAAAAUCUGAUGGAAGAUUAAGGUAUGCAUAUAAGUGCAAGGCUAACCUUGACACAACUGUAGAUGUAUCUCCCUAUCCAGACACACCAGAGGAUGACGCUACAGUAGACAACAGAUCUUUUGAAUUCUCUCUGCUGCUGCUUUCACCAUGCUACCUAAAGAACACAACAGCGAGCCCAAGGCUGCCAAGCUCAGCCUGUUCAACAGAAAUAACGCCCUGAAUGCCUGUAUGAAGAAAGAGGAGAAGAAAGAGGAGAAGAAAGAGAAGGAGAUUCAUUAUGAGGAUUCCCCAGAUGGUGGCUGGGGCUGGAUGGUUGUACUUCACUGCUUCCUGGUGAAUGUGCUGGUGAUGGGGACCCUGAAGACGUUUGGGAUCUUCUUCGUGACAUUCCAGGAUGAGUUCGGAGGGUCGGCAGAGAGUAUCAGCUGGAUCGGCUCGAUCAUGUCUAGCCUGCGGCUCUCUGGAGGUCCCCUGGCCGCUGUAUCGUGUGCGAAGCUGGGGAACAGAGUGACCUCUAUAGCUGGGGCUGUGCUGGUCAGUGUUGGCUUCCUCAUGAGUGUCUUUGCCACCAGUGUGGUAUUCCUAUACAUCAGCAUGGGGCUGAUUGUGGGCCUGGGUUUUGCACUCCUGUACCAAGCCACCUCUGUUGUCACGGCAACAUAUUUCCGUAAGAGGUUAGCGACGGCAUACUCCAUCGGGCGGUCUGGGAUGGGCUUGACCUUCGCCCUCGCCCCUUUCACUCAGCUGCUGCUGGAUCAGUAUGCCUGGCAAGGAGCUCUGCUGAUCCUAGGAGGCCUGAUGUUAAACCUGGUGGCCUCUGGGAUGCUGCUAAGACCCAUCCACAUUAAGCCUGCACCACCCCCUUCCUCAUCCUCAUCUUCAUCCAUCCAAAAAACCCCUCUGAUAGAUCCAGAGAAGGAGAAGGACCGCCCUCAGAAUGGAUGCUGCUUUAACAGAUCCACAAUGUUAACCAAUGGCAUCACCAAAUCAGAGUCUUCUCCUUCCACUCCACAACCCCUGCAUUGGGACACUGAGACCUCAGAGAAGGUCUCCACACAUGAGUUGGUUCAGAGCAACUACAUCCCCCCACCUCCACCAAACCCUGAACUGACCAAGCUGGUACAAAACAGCGUGAACAGGCACGUUCAGGAGGCAUCCCCUCCCACAGCCACCAUAGACAGCCCCAGCCUCAUGGAACAGAACGGUACCAUUAGCCUAAACGGUUCAGCUGUGUUUGGGUUCUCCUCAACUAAUGGUUCUACCACUGUGGAUGAUCACAUCCCACCGGCUGUGAAAAAUAACAGAGUCCUAGACUUCUCCCUGUUGAAGAACCCCUUCUUCUGCAUCUACACUUGGUCCGUGGUAUUCAGCCAGCUGGCUUACUUCAUCCCCUACUUCCACUUGUCUGCCCGGGCCAGGAACCUGGGUAUAGAUGCCAUGGAUGCUUCCUUCAUCAUCUCUGUGGCAGGUAUCACAGAGACUAUAGCCCAGCUAGGCUCUGGUUGGCUAGCGGAUAAGAACCCGUUCCAUAAGUACCACUACCACAAGACCUACCUGAUCCUGUGUGGAGUGGUCAACCUGUUUGCCCCGCUGGCUAACACCUACAUCCUGCUCAUGGUUUACGCUGUCUUCUUUGCCAUCUUCUGUGGCGGUUACAUGGCACUGCUACUGCCUGUCCUGGUGGAUCUGGUAGGGCAAGAGAAACUCAACAACUCCAUGGGAUUUUCUAUGUUCUUCGUAGGCCUCGGCUGUCUGACAGGACCUCCUCUCGCAGGUUUCCUGUAUGACUACACCCAGACCUACGACUGCUCCUUCUACCUAGCGGGGGUGUGUUACCUGCUCUCCUCUGUCUCUCUCUUCCUGGAGCCCGUGGCGAGGAGGUGGCAGAGCAGAAAGAGGAGACGCGAGGCCCGCGAUGUAGACACCAGCUGGAAGACUAAUGGCUGCUUCUGCCCUGAGCUUCCUGUCCUAAAGAACAGCAACAACAAUGGCGUCGUCUAGAGGGUAGUUUCACCCCAGCUAGCACAUUUGGUUCCUUGGAAGUUCAUAUGCAAAAUAACCAUAGGGCAAUCACGAUGCCUUAACAAUCACUACGGGAGCAGUAUGCUAGCUGGGGGACAUUACCAUACUCUCCUUCAUUAAGCCUGGAAUCAUGUAGAUGGAGGGAGGACAGGGUUGGCUUCCUGUUCCUAAUAUAUGUCAUUUAGCAGACACUUGAUAAUUAUUCAAAGCGAAUUACAGUAAAGUGAGUACAGACAUUUUGGGGAUUUGUGAUCCCAGCGGGAAUCGAACUUGCGACCUUGGCACUACUAGCACCAUUGCUCUGACUGAGACACACAUAACCAUGUAGAGGGAGGGAGAGCAGAGUUGGCUGCUUCCCCUUUCUCUCUCCUUCCUUAAAACAAGCAUGUGCCAACUGUGCCAGUUACCCAGCUUUUGGGUGGACUGAAAUGACCCUGCUGCUUUGGCGAAAGCCAAGGAAUACCCAACUGACUGUCUGACUGACUGACUGAGGAGAAAGCCAAGGAAUACCCAACUGACUGUCUGACUGACUGACUGAGGAGAAAGCCAAUGAAUACCCAACUGACUGACUGUCUGACUGAGGAGAAAGCCAAGGAAUACCCAACUGACUGUCUGACUGACUGACUGAGGAGAAAGCCAAGGAAUACCCAACUGACUGACUGUCUGACUGAGGAGAAAGCCAAGGAAUACCCAACUGACUGACUGACUGAGGAGAAAGCCAAGGAAUACCCAACUGACUGACUGUCUGACUGAGGAGAAAGCCAAGGAAUACCCAACUGACUGACUGUCUGACUGAGGAGAAAGCCAAGGAAUACCCAACUGACUGACUGUCUGACUGAGGAGAAAGCCAAGGAAUACCCAACUGACUGUCUGACUGACUGAGGAGAAAGCCAUGGAAUACCCAACUGACUGUCUGACUGAGGAGAAAGCCAAGGAAUACCCAACUGACUGUCUGACUGAGGAGAAAGCCAAGGAAUACCCAACUGACUGACUGUCUGACUGAGGAGAAAGCCAAGGAAUACCCAACUGACUGACUGUCUGACUGACUGACUGUCUGACUGAGGAGAAAGCCAAGGAAUACCCAACUGACUAUCUGACUGACUGAGGAGAAAGCCAAGGAAUACCCAACUGACUGACUGUCUGACUGAGGAGAAAGCCAAGGAAUACCCAACUGACUGACUGUCUGACUGAGGAGAAAGCCAAGGAAUACCCAACUGACUGUCUGACUGAGGAGAAAGCCAAGGAAUACCCAACUGACUGUCUGACUGACUGACUGAGGAGAAAACCAAGGAAUACCCAACUGACUGUCUGACUGAGGAGAAAGCCAAAGAAUACCCAACUGACUGUCUGACUGAGGAGAAAACCAAGGAAUACCCAACUGACUGUCUGACUGACUGAGGAGAAAGCCAAGGAAUACCCAACUGACUGUCUGACUGACUGUCUGACUGAGGAGAAAGCCAAGGAAUACCCAACUGACUGACUGACUGACUGACUGUCUGACUGAGGAAAAGCCAAGGAAUACCCAACUGACUGACUGUCUGAGGAGAAAUUAUUAUGACCACAGCAAUGUUACUGUAAUAGCUUAAAAAUGGUUGUAGAUAUAACGAAGACUUUUCCUUCAGUCCAUAAAGAGAGGCAGCAAACGGAGAAUCCUGUUUUGUAACUUUUUGAAUACGAGACAAAUGUACACUUAUUCUGCUGGGCCACAUGUUAUCCCUCAUGUUCUCAUGGCAUCGCCUGACGCCUGCUACACAAAUCUCAUUGUAGUGUGGACUAAUGUGGCUGGAACACUUGACGUCAUUUUUCAGAGGAAUUGAACAACACAACAAACUUCUGACACGACACAACCACAAUUGUCUACACAAUCACAUCCUAUAUUCAUCAGAAACGGUACACUUCUGUCUUAAAUACAGUACAACGUACAGUACACCCACGAAUGAGUCUUGGGUUCCGUCCCAAAUGGCACCGUAUUCCCUAUAUAGUGCACUACUUUUAACCAGGGCCCAUAGGGGUCCCAUAGGGGCUGGUCAAAAGUAGUGCACUAUAUAGGGAAUAUAGGGUGUAUUUUUUUGGGCACGCAGGGCCCUGUACACAGAAAAAUGUUGAGAUCAUGUUAUAUAUGAUAUGGGUUACUGUAUGUACCAUAUAGAUGAUGUACCAUAUGUCUGGUAGAUACAGUUCAUUCAGAAAGUAUUCACACCCCUUUGACUUUUUACACAUUUUGUGGGAAUUCAAAUUCAUUUUAUUGUCCCUUUUUUUUUGUCAAUGAUCAAAUGUGAAAGUGGAAGAAAAAAUUAAUAAAUAGAUAAAUAUUCAACCCCCUUGAGUCAAUACAUGUUAGAAUCACCUUUGGCAACGAUUACAGCUGUGGGUGAUUUUGGGUAAGUCUCUAAGAGCCUUUUUGCAAAACUUCAAGCUCUGGUUGUUGAUCAUUGCUAGACAGCCAUUUUCAAGUCUUGCCAUAGAUUUUCAAGCUGAUUUAAGUCAAAACUGUAACUUGGCCACUCAGAAAUAUUCAAUGUUGUCUUGGUAAGUAACUACAAAGUAUAUUUGGCCUUGUGUUUUAGGUUAUUGCCCUGCUGAAAGGUGAAUUUGUCUCCCACUGUCUGGUGGAAAGCAGACUGAACCAGGUUUUCCUUUAGGAUAUUGCCUUUGCUUAGCUAUAUUAAAUGUAUUUUUAUCCUAAAAAACUCCUUAGUCCUUGCCGAUGACAAGCAUACCCAUAACAUGAUGCAACCACCACCAUGCUUGAAAAUAUUUAGAUUGUAACUCAGUGUUGUGUUGGUUUUGCCCCAAACAUAACACUUUGUAUUCAGGACAAAAAGUUAAUUUCCUUUGCCACAUUUCUUGCAGUUUUACUUUAGUACCUUAUCGCAAACAGGAUACAUGUUUUGGAAUAUUUAUAUUCUGUACAUGCUUCCUUCUUUUCACUCUGUCAUUAGGCUAGUAUUGUCGAGUAACUAAAAUGUUGUUGAUCCAUCCUCAGUUUCUCCUAUCCCAGCUAUUAAACUCUUUAAAACUAUGUUUUAAAAUUAUCACCAUUGGCCUCAUGGUGAAAUCCCUGUUACCUUCCUACAGUAUCCGGCAACUGAGUAAGGAAGGUCGCCUGUGUCUUUGUAGUGACUGGGUGUAUUGAUACACCAUCCAAAGCGCAAUUGAUAACUUCAGCAUGCUUGAAGGGACAUUCAGUGUUGGCUUUUUAUUUUAAUUAUCUACCAAUAGGUGCCCUUCUUUGCGACGAAAUGGAAAACCUCCCUCGUCUUUGUGGUUCUGUGUUUGAAUGAAGGACCUUACAGAUAAUUGUAUGUGUGGGAUACAGAGAUGAGCUAGUCAUCAAAACAAAUCAUGUUAAAACAACAUUAUUGCACAGAGUAAUUCCAUGCAACUUAUUAUGUGACUUAUUAAGCAAAUCUUUACUCCUGAACUUAUUUAGGCAUGCCAUAACGAAACGGGGGGAAUACUUAUUCUAAAAACGAAAUUUCACUUUGUAACAACAACAACAACAACAUGUGGAAAAAGUCAAAGGGUGUGAAUGCUUUCCAAAGACAUGUAAGUGUUCCCACCUAGACCCUUUUCUGCCACUGUACCAAACCGUUUAGCCCAUCCCACUAAUCAAAGGGUGUGAAUGCUUUCCAAAGACAUGUAAGUGUUCCCACCUAGACCCUUUUCUGCCACUGUACCAAACCGUUUAGCCCAUCCCACUAAUCAAAGGGUGUGAAUGCUUUCCAAAGACAUGUAAGUGUUCCCACCUAGACCCUUUUCUGCCACUGUACCAAACCGUUUAGCCCAUCCCACUAAUCAAAGGGUGUGAAUGCUUUCCAAAGACAUGUAAGUGUUCCCACCUAGACCCUUUUCUGCCACUGUACCAAACCGUUUAGCCCAUCCCACUAAUCAAAGGGUGUGAAUGCUUUCCAAAGACAUGUAAGUGUUCCCACCUAGACCCUUUUCUGCCACUGUACCAAACCGUUUAGCCCAUCCCACUAAUCAAAGGGUGUGAAUGCUUUCCAAAGACAUGUAAGUGUUCCCACCUAGACCCUUUUCUGCCACUGUACCAAACCGUUUAGCCCAUCCCACUAAUCAAAGGGUGUGAAUGCUUUCCAAAGACAUGUAAGUGUUCUCACCUAGACCCUUUUCUGCCACUGUACCAAACUGUUUAGCCCAUCCCACUAAUCAAAGCCCAAUUUCACAAUACUACACAAAUGUCUUAAUGAACAAUGUUCACAUAAUAUCACCAAGGGUUGCAGUCAAUCAGACCCCAAAAUAAUAGUUUGGGAAUCGUACCGCUGCACCACGCAAUACUCUGAACCGCUGCGCCAUGCAAUAUACUGAACCGCUGCGCCACGCAAUAUACUGAACCGCUGCACCACGCAAUAUACUGAACCGCUGCACCACGCAAUACACUGAACCGCUGCACCAUGCAAUACACUGAACCGCUGCACCACACGAUAUACUGAACGGAUGCACCACGCGAUAUACUGAACGGAUGCACCACGCGAUAUACUGAACCGCUGCACCAUGCAAUAUACAACAAUGGACUGCUAGAUAAAUCCACUCAUAGCAGUGCAUUUGGAAAGUAUUCAGACCCCUUCACUUUUUCCACAUUUUGUUACAUUGCAGCCUUAUUAUACAAUUUAUUAUAUUGUUUUUCCCCUCAUAAAUCUACACACACUACCCCAUAUUGACAAAGCAAAAACAGAUUGAAUUUACCACAGAAUGCACCGGAGCUCAAUUUUGAUGUCUCAUGGCUAAGGGUCUGAAUACUUAUGUCAAUAUAUAUAUAUUUGCAAAAAUGUCUAAACCUGUUUUCGCUUUGUCAUUAUUGGGUAUUGUGUGUAGAUUGAUGAAGAAUAAAUGUAAUUGAAUCCAUUUUAAAAUACGGGUGUUUACGUAACAAAAUGUGGAGAAAGUCCAGGGGCCUGAAUACGUUCUGAAGACACGGUAGUUACCACAAAGCUGUUUUUGAGUCAGCAAAUCUAGAUCUGGGUUAGCGUUAGCAUCUCUGAUUCACAGGUGCUCAAACAACAGUAUUAAUGUACAGUAGUAUUUUCCAAUACUACAUACAUUCAACAUCGUAAAGGUAUCAUAUUACCAUUCAACUGGAUCUGGAGUUAGUUCAAAAUAGUUCACUAUUAGUGUAAUCAUGAGAGACCUAUUUCGGUAUGUAUGGUAUACCACUGAGGGGAGAUUACUUUGUACACAGACCCUAAUUUAGGUUAGCCUGGUCCCAGAUCGGUUACUUUGUGCUGUCUUGCCAAUGUUUGGCAUGCCACAUGACAAUCACACAUAGAAGUUGUCAAGGACCAAGCUGGGUGGAAGAGUAUAUCACAUAGGGUGAAAUACCUGGGUUUACUUGGUAUGUACACAGUGGACAGCCAUGUUGGUUGGUGCUGUUUUACUGUGUAAACUACUGACCAAGUGCUUUUAAAAGACAGACAGUUUAUUUGCUUCGCCUGAGUACCCGUGUUUUUGUUGUAUUGCCAAUGAAGGGAUAGGAAAGGGGGGGGAUACCUAGUCAGUUGUACAAAUGAAUGCCUUCAACUGAAAUGUGUCUUCCGCAUUUAACCCAACCCCUCUGAAUCAGAGAGGUGCGGGGGGCUGCCUUAAUCGACAUCUUUGGUGCCCGGGGGUUAACCGAGUGACAAGGAGUUGGCAGAUUGCCACUCAGGUUUUAUUAUUUGCUUAUUAUUACCCAGAUAAUACAUCUUCUUUAGAUGGUACUACCCAUAUACCUUAGUAAGGCUGGUACAAUGAGGAAAUGAAAUGCUGUUGAAGGCUACUUCAGGCAUAUGACAUGGGAGAGCUAUGACAUGGGAGAGCUAUGACAUGGGAGAGCUAUGAUAUGGGAGAGCUAUGAUAUGGGAGAGCUAUGAUAUGGGAGAGCUAUGACAUGGGAGAGCUAUGACAUGGGAGAGCUAUGACAUGGGAGAGCUAUGAUAUGGGAGAGCUAUGACAUGGGAGAGCUAUGAUAUGGGAGAGCUAUGACAUGGGAGAGCUAUGACAUGGGAGAGCUAUGAUAUGGGAGAGCUAUGACAUGGGAGAGCUAUUCUGCCCUACCAAGCAAAAAGGCAGUAACUGCUCAUAAUGUGGAACUGAGAAACAUGUGUUUUAUUUACCUUGACCUUACCUGUUUUUAUUUACUUUAUGCAGUUACUGCUAACCCUUUUCUCCAAAACACAAUAUGAGGCAGGAUACUUGUCCACAUGAUUAAGCAUGUAUUUUAUGAUAUUAACUCAUUUUCGACCAAAUGAGCAGUCACUGUCUUUUUGCUCUUUAGGGCAGUGUUCUAUGGGAGUUUAGUCUGUCGUUUAAAUUCUGUUAUCUACAAGGUUUUAUAUGUUGUUCUUUUGUUACCAUAGUGAUUCCCCCAUUCUUCACUAAAUGUUCCUAAGUAUAUAUUGUGUACUGUAUGUACCUAGUUCAUUGUUUUUCCAACGAACAACAAUGAUACCACGAAACAGAAUGUAAGCUCGUGAGAUCAGGUGGUUCGUACGAGGCUAUGUUCCUGAGAAACACUGACCUGGUCCUUUGAAAAUUGAGUGAUAAACAUUUGCUUUUGUUUUCUACUGCCCUCUAGUGGCGCUAAAAAGCUUGAACUCAAAGAACACUUCAUCAGUACCAAAUCGCUCUUCCCCCUCAACUCACUCUCACAAAGCUCAUCAGCCUGCCUGCACAACUCUGUGUGUAUCGUCUCAGCACAUUCUUCCAUUUACCAUUAUUCACAUGCAGCAGCUCUGCUCGCUCCUAAAAUGGAUGCCAAGAGAGCCUUGUGGGUUCUGGUCAAACGUAGUUUUCUAUAUAAGGAAUUGGGUUCCAUUUGGGAUGUGCAAUCAGUGUGUUCACUUCCUGUGUGUGCACUUCCUGUGUGUGCACUUCCUGUGUGUGCACUUCCUGUGUGUGCACUUCCUGUGUGUGCACUUCCUGUGUGUGCACUUCCUGUGUGUGCACUUCCUGUGUGUGCACUUCCUGUGUGUGCACUUCCUGUGUGUGCACUUCCUGUGUGUGCACUUCCUGUGUGUGCACUUCCUGUGUGAUUGAGGGCCACUGAAUGUUAUGUUAAAAUGUAUAUUUUGAUGAUUUAAAAGUAGAUCUCUUUAUUUUGUUAGUCUAUUCUUUACUGCCUGAACCCAGUGUUUUUUAGGAAGGAACUGUGAUUUAAAGCAAUAUCCUGAAAAAGCUAUUUUGUCCAACAAUUGUUUUCAAGAAAACAGGAACAAAUGCAACCCUUAAACUCAACAAGUGCUUAAAUGUAAUUUUGUAACACCUAGAAAUAUAUUUGAUAUUGUAUUCUGAUUACAAUAAUUUCAUGUUGGACAAGACUUUACAUUUUAUAUAUUGGUUUCAGGUGUCAUUUGAUUAAGGCUUACUACAUGCUUAACCAAUCAUAUUCCUAAUAGUUACUAUCAUCUAAACGCGUUGUUCUUUUUGUAUGCCUUUUAACUGACUGUACAAUCAGCUGCAAUAAAGUGACACGUGACAUGGAU